ACACCGUAAGGCUGGAGCAGCGCCCAGGCUCAGCGACUGGCAUCUGCACAUGCAACCCAUGCGUGUUGGGGGUAUGCCAAAGACCUCCCACGGCCCCCCUCUGCUCCCGUUUUGCUGUCAUGUGUGGUGGCACCAGGUGACCCUCCCAACGUUCGCAUUAUAAAAGUGCAGCGCUACGUUCUCAGACUCUACCAGCAGCUGUGCUGUCAGGUUAAAAAAAAAUCUGUUUCGGAAAGGGCUAAGGGACUGAGCACAGUAUAAAUCUGGACGGGUGUAUCUUGUCCUCAAAGUAGCUGGCUGCAGACUGCGUAAGCGUUUGAGGAGGAGAUUUUCAAAUCGUCAGUACAGAAUUGCUUCAAGAAGGAACUAGUGUCUGAUAUUGAAAUUGAUUGCUCAGCUUAGUCCCGGGCUUGGGACUGUCCUGACUGGCCCAGUACCAAGUGGAGGGGCAUCCUGAGGAAAAGACAUUAUAUCCAAAGUUUGGCGAUACCCCAGAAAUGUCUGAAGUUCUUUCUCUACAUUGGCUUGUGCCCAAGAUAGAAAUAAUGGUUGUUUGUGGUCCUGAAUAAUGAUCGUUUGAAGGCUGCCAUGUGAAAAGCAACGAGGCUAAUUGACUACUUAACACCCAUGUUGUAAUCAAGCUCAAAGUGCAGGAGGUGACCAUCUCUGCCUGCCAAACUGGACACUUAACUAUGGAAUGCAUUCACUUGAUUAUCCCAAGCCUAAAGAACUCUAUUAACACUACGCAGAGAAGCAUUAGUUAGCAGUGAGACAUCUCUGAAUACUACUAAGCACUUUUCCAAAAGAAGAAAACUGUUUACAGAAGCCUGGCCUGUGUGUUUGAGUGAGAGCGCACGUGUGUGUGUGUGUGUGUGUGUGUGUGUGUGUCUGUUUCUUCAUUUUCCUUUUCUGUGCACAUACUUGGUGGGGGGUGUGGGGAAGAAAUCCCAAAAAUGGUGCUGGAGAAUUACUUGUGGAUGGUGAUAGUGGGCUUUAUAAUAGCCUUUAUCCUCGCUUUCUCUGUGGGUGCGAAUGAUGUGGCCAAUUCGUUUGGUACUGCUGUGGGCUCUGGUGUUGUGACACUUCGCCAAGCCUGCAUCCUGGCUUCCAUUUUUGAAACAACCGGAUCUGUACUGCUGGGAGCGAAGGUUGGAGAAACUAUCCGGAAAGGGAUCAUUGAUGUUAAUCUAUACAAUGGGAGUGAGCAUGUGCUCAUGGCUGGCGAAGUCAGUGCAAUGGUUGGUUCUGCUAUCUGGCAGCUGAUUGCUUCAUUUUUAAAGCUUCCAAUAUCAGGCACUCACUGCAUAGUUGGAGCUACCAUUGGUUUCUCACUAGUUUCAUUUGGUGCUCAUAGUGUUCGUUGGAUUCAGCUCAUCAAGAUAGUUGCCUCCUGGUUCAUAUCCCCGCUUCUUUCUGGGGCCAUGUCUGGCCUACUCUUCGUCUUAAUUCGAUUUUUCAUCUUGAAAAAGGAUGAUCCAGUGCCGAAUGGCCUACGUGCACUCCCACUGUUUUAUGCUGCUACUGUAGGGAUCAAUACCUUCUCAAUUUUAUUCACAGGAGCUCCAUUGUUAGGGUUGGACGGUCUCCCAUUCUGGGCAAUAAUAGUGAUCACCCUUGGUGGAGCGCUGCUGUGUGCAAUCAUUGUGUGGUUGUUGGUAUGCCCUUGGAUGAAGAGGAAAAUAGAAAGUAAACUGAAACAAAACGUGCUGUCCAGGAUAUCAGACGAAAGCCUUGAUAAGAGCCAAGACGAAGACACAUCGGUAUUUAAAGAGCUGCCAGGCACAAAGGUUGGGGAUGAGUCAGUGCUGCCUCUAACAGGUGAUAUCUGUGAGGAUGCUGGAGGAAUCCCAGAUAGCCAUGUUGUUGCUGGAUCAACUGGAGUUUCAAAUGGUAGAGCAGCAUCUCUCUCAAAUGGCAGCCUGAAAUCCCCAUUUUCAAACGGUGCAUUUAAUUUUGAAGGGCACACAAGGAGUGAUGGUCACGUGUACCAUACCGUGCACAAAGACUCUGGCCUGUACAAAGAUCUAUUGCACAGAAUACACUUGGACAAGGUUACUGAUGACCGGCCGCAGCCUGAAAAUUCCUACAGGCUUCUCCGUCGCAACAACAGCUACACGUGUUACACUGCUGCUAUCUGCGGUAUGCCUGUCCAGCCAACUUUCAAGUCCUCUGACUUUGUGGGCACGGAAGACAGUGAGAAGCUCGUGGGUGAAAUGGCCUCCUACUCUAAGAAGCGGCUACGCUACGACAGCUAUUCCAGCUACUGCAAUGCAGUGGCUGAAGCUGAGAUUGAGGCAGAGGAAGGUGGGGUGGAGUUGAAGCUUGCCAGUGAGCUGAGUGACCCUUUACCACCGCCGCCACCGCCACCACCAGAAAACGCCAUAGAUGAAGACAAAGAGGAAGAGGAGAAGCCUCAAGUCCAUCUGCUCUUUCAUUUCCUGCAGAUCCUCACUGCUUGCUUUGGGUCAUUUGCACAUGGUGGCAAUGAUGUUAGCAAUGCAAUUGGUCCCCUUGUUGCUCUUUGGCUGAUCUACCAAGAAGGAGCUGUGCUGCAGAAUGCCGCUACACCAGUAUGGUUGCUGCUAUAUGGAGGCUUGGGCAUCUGUGCUGGCCUCUGGGUCUGGGGGAGGCGAGUCAUUCAAACGCUGGGCAAAGACCUCACUCCAAUCACACCAUCAAGUGGAUUCACUAUUGAAUUGGCUUCGGCGUUCACAGUUGUGGUUGCUUCCAAUGUUGGACUUCCAAUCAGUACCACACACUGCAAGGUUGGAUCUGUGGUGGCUGUGGGAUGGAUCCGAUCACGCAAAGCUGUGGACUGGCACCUAUUUCGUAAUAUUUUCCUGGCCUGGUUUGUGACAGUCCCAGUCUCUGGUCUCUUUAGUGCAGCUGUUAUGGCAUUGUUUGUGUAUGGAAUACUGCCAUACAUUUAAUUUUUAUGUUCAAAUUUUAUUGUGAUUUUAAACUAUUUCUAACCAGCAGUGUGAGAUGUCCUUUUUCUUCCUUUCUGCCCACUUCUGCUCUGUGCCCCACCCCUACCCUCAAGAGGUGGUUUAUUCCUUUUUAUCCUUUUUUUUGUCAAGCGGAAUUAAACAGCUCUGAACUAAUUUGCUUUUCAUCACAUGCUGUAAAUAACACUACAAGUGCUCACUUGGUAGCAUGUAACAGCAAAGACCUGUCACAGUGUAUCUUUGUACAAGUGAGUGACGCUGCCCCAAUUGUGGUGUUUGUGGAAUGGAUGGUACUGCUUGAACAACUCGCUCCCUUUCAUAGACUGGUGUGUGUGUGUGUGUGUGUGUGUGUGUGUGUGUGCGCGUGUGUGUGAAGACGCUGUAUAUAUUGUAUUAUUGCACUCUAGAAAGUUUUGUUUUGUAUGGAUCUAGGGGAUAAAAAGAAUUUAAAAGAAAGAAAUAUAUAUGUGUAUAUAUAUAUAUAAUGCCAUGGUUUACCAAAAUCAUCCUUCUGAUGCAAAACGAGGUAUAAAAACCCCUACUCUUAAGUAAUUCAAGUUUUAUUUUUUAAAUUAAGGCACUGUUACUUGUAACAGGGCCUAGUCCCAAUUUGCCCUGCGUGCUACAAACGCCAUAAUGCGAAUCGAGAAAGGUUCAUUGUAUUGGGUUUCAUUGAAACUUGAUGUUAUAAUUAUAAAUUUGACACUUGUAUUAUAUUGUAAUUUCUAUUGUAAAUACUUUCUAAAGAGAUCUAGGUUUUGUUUCUUUUUAAAUGGGGACACAUUUCACUCACUCAUUUUAGACUUAAAAAAAAAAGUUGAAUGUACCAAAGAUUCAAGAAUAAAGAUUUGACAGUGUUUCCACUUUUGGUUUUAUUGAAAUGCCUUUUUGUAAUUCAGGAUCCUUCUCCAGCUCUUUGCCCUCUAUGAUGUAGAGGUGCUGUGUUGGUGUUGGACUGAGGUGGACAAGGUCAAAAACCACGACGCCAGGUUAUAAUCCAACAGUUUGAUUUGAAAUCACAAGCUUCUGGAGUGUAGCCCCUUUGUCAGGUGAAGUUUUCACCUGAUGAAGAGGCUACUCUCUGAAAGAAAUAAUGGGAACUGCAGAUGCAGGAGAAUCCAAGAUAACAAAGUGUGGAGCUGGACGAACACAGCAGGCCAAGC